UUUCUCAUAGUUUCAACUAAAAUUGUAUCGUAUUUUUACAUUCCAAUUUUAAAAUACAGAACCCAACUUAUUAUAAUACAUGUGUCUUGUAAUGUAUAGCCCAUGCAGAUACCGAGAUAUGCAAUUUGGAGUAGUGUUGUACAAAUGGCUUAAAAUAUGCCCAAAACAGCAAGCGAAACGUCAAAAAUCUGGAUACACCGUAAACAAUGGGCGAGGAGUCGAAACACGAAGCAAGGAAGGAGACUACGAGUUGGUUUACGACGUUGACACCACAUACGGGCCACCCCACCAAGUCUUUGCCCGGCACAGACAACCAGUGUGCCCUUUUGAACUAGUCAAACCAAUCCAGCUACAUAAACCGCGUGCACAUGCUAUGGCGCUCAGCCUCAACUCUUUGUAACGGAGAAGAGGCAGAGGAGGACGGAGACUGGUUGACGGCCAGCUCGGCGCCCAGGCACUUGCCGGCGGCGAGUCCGGCGCCCCAUCGUGCCCGUGGUCAGGUGAGUUCUUCUUCGCUGUAAACUCAUCUCUGCAAAAGUGAAAGCCCAGCCCCCAGCUUUCUUGCUGGCUACUCGUCAAGAGAACAACUCACCCUUACCAUCUCCACUUUCCUUUCAAGUAGCAGCUGCGCCAUGGCUCCUUCCAAUCUUCUCCUCUUCCUCCUGCUUGUAACUGCAAGUCCGUUGAUCACCGGGCAGCCCUUCGACUACCCGACAGCUAACUUCUCCAUGCCGUGGACCAACAACAACAACUCCCUCGAGCACAGCGUCACCUAUAACGAUGGCUCAGUCGUCCGAGCCAUUGUCCUCCGGUCACCAAAAACACUCUACGGUCCGUCCUUCGCUGCAGGGUUCUUUUGCCCCACUGCACCCUGCGAUACCGGCACUUUCCUCUUCGCCGUUUUCAUCGUGUACACCAACAGCGGCGGCAGGAUCACUCUGCCAAACAAUGGUCUUCCUCAGGUGGUUUGGUCCGCCAACCGACUCCACCCUGUCAAAGAGAAUGCUACCCUCGAGCUUUCUGGGGAUGGCAACCUCAUCCUCCGUGACGCUGAUGGCGUCCUUGUCUGGUCAAGCAGAACUGCAGGCAGGACUAUUGCUGGUAUGGCGAUCACAGAGCUCGGCAACCUGGUGCUGUUUGAUCAGAGGAAUGCAACGGUAUGGCAGUCGUUUGAUCAUCCGACUGAUGCAUUGGUCCCUGGGCAGUCACUGCGGGAAGGUAUGAGGCUCACUGCAAAUACAUCUGCAACAAACUGGACUCAGAAUCAGCUGUACAUGACUGUUGUACCCAAUGGAUGGUAUGCCUAUGUUGAAUCCACACCACCACAGCCCUACUUCUCAAAACUGGUGGACAAAAACAAGACAGGAAACCAUCCAACGCAGGUUACCUUUACGAAUGGCAGCCUCAGCAUCUUUGUAGAGUCCACGCCACCAAAUCCAGAUUCAGGCAUCACAUUGCCAGCAGCCAAGUCUGCCCAGUACAUGAGAUUUGAAUCUGACGGGCACCUCAGGCUGUACGAAUGGUCUGACACCGAAGCAAAGUGGACUGUCAUGUCUGAUGUGAUUAAUAUAUUUCCUGACAGUUACAACUGUGCUUUCCCGACGUUCUGUGGGGAGUACGGGGUAUGCACGGGAGGGCAAUGCAGCUGCCCCUUUCAAAGCAACUCUAGUUCAAGCUACUUCAAACUUAUCGAUGGGUGGAAGCCAAAUGUUGGUUGCGUGCCAUUGAUUCCAAUCUCCUGUCAAGAAAUGCAACACCAUGAGAUCUUGACCUUAACUGAUGUUUCAUACUUUGAUACAAGCCACACAAUUGUAAAUGCAAGAAACAGAGAUGCCUGCAAGCAAGCAUGCCUGAAAAACUGUUCCUGCAAGGCUGUGAUGUUCAGGUACGGCAAUAAUGAGUCCGAUGGCGACUGCCAGUGGGUGACGAAGGUCUUCUCCAUGCAAUCAAUACAACCUCAGAUUGUUCAUUACAACUCCUCUGCUUACCUCAAGGUGCAGCUUAGCCCCUCCCCUUCUGCAUCUACUGCAAACAGAAAGAAGGUUAUUACAGGCACUACAAUUGCCAGUAUUAUUGCUAUUGUAUUGAUUGUCGUUGGCAUAACUCUUUAUGUACGAAGGAUGGGGAAAUAUCAAGAGAUAGAAGAAGAAUUUGAUUUUGAUCAAUUUCCAGGCAUGCCAAUGAGGUUUUCUUAUGAAAAGUUGAGAGAAUGCACUGAAGACUUCAGUAAAAAGCUUGGGGAAGGUGGUUUUGGAUCAGUUUUUGAAGGGAAACUAGAUGAGGAGAGGGUCGCAGUAAAGCGUUUGGAAAGCGCUAGACAAGGGAAGAAAGAAUUCUUGGCAGAGGUUGAGACUAUCGGUAGCAUUGAGCACAUUAAUCUUGUCAGACUGGUAGGAUUCUGUGCAGAGAAAUCACAUAGACUUCUAGUAUAUGAAUAUGUGCCCAGAGGUUCCCUUGAUCGGUGGAUCUAUUACCGCCACAAUAAUGCACCUCUUGAUUGGGGUACCAGAUGUAGGAUCAUUCUGGAUAUAGCCAAGGGGCUAUGCUACCUUCAUGAGGAAUGCCGGCGAAAAAUUGCUCAUUUGGACAUCAAACCACAAAACAUUCUCUUAAAUGAGAACUUCAAUGCCAAAUUGGCUGAUUUUGGACUAUCCAAGCUAAUAGAUAGGGAUCAAAGCAAGGUAAUGACUGUGAUGAGAGGCACACCUGGGUAUCUGGCACCUGAAUGGUUAACAUCGCAAAUCACUGAAAAAGUUGAUAUCUACAGUUUUGGAGUUGUUGUCAUGGAAGUGGUAUGUGGAAGAAAAAAUAUCGAUCAUUCUCAACCUGAGGAAAGCAUCCAGCUGAUCAAUUUGUUAAGAGAAAAGGCUCAAAACAACCAGCUGAUUGAUAUGAUUGACAAGCAAAGUGAUGACAUGGUCGUACACCAGGAGGAAGUUAUCCAAAUGAUGAAGCUUGCAAUGUGGUGCUUGCAAAAUGAUAGCAGUCGAAGGCCUUUGAUGUCAACGGUGGUCAAGGUACUGGAAGGUACAAUGACUGUAGAAGCUUGCAUAGAUUACAGCUUCUUCAGUGCAGAUCCAGUAUUGUCGAUUGAAGAUGGCAUCAGAAGAAUAACUUUCAAUCAAGUCUACAUCUAGAAAACAAAGGCAGUGCACUUUCCAUUUUCAAGAAUUUCAGAAGUUCACAUAUAGAGCUUUGAACUUGCAUGCUAAAUAGUAACCGGUAAAAAAAUAAUGGAAAUAUGCUUUGCAGCUACCAUGGUAAAAGUGUAACUGUAUUUACAUGAGCACUAUGUUACUGUAUCCAAUAAUUCUCUCUAGGGAAGUUGCUGUCUCCUCUGAUUUGAGGUACAGAUUUCUUCCACAUUGGCGAUCUUUAGCAUGAACGUAAUUAUGAAUGGCACUCCCAGGUACAGAUUUCUUUCACAUUCGCAAUCAUAUUCUAUCAGCCCCCCAGUGGUAGUGUGCAAACCGGAAAUGGCACUGGCUUUGGCAUGUCUAGCUAGCUUUCGAACUGCAUUUUAUUAAUUUCUACGAGCAAGCACACAAAUGCAGCACU